AUGGGAACAAAGAUCGCUAAGCGAAUUACAACAUACUCAUUUGGCAUAGAGAGUGUUGAUUGUAGUGGAUUCGUCAGAUUUGGGGUUAAUGGUCAACGAAAAUCUUCAAAGGAGACAUUGAAAGACCAGAAAGAAGAGGAAGAAAGAGUUAUAAGGUCGAUGGAUAGGUUUCUUGAAAAGCAAAAUGCUGAGUCCAUCAGACGUACAAUGCAAGCCCAAGAAGAUCUUUUCAAGCAACAGGUACGAGAGCUGCAUAGAGUAUAUAAUAUACAGAAGAUGAUGAUGGAGCAACUCAAACAUAGAAGCCAAUAUGGUACUACUAACACCCAAGACCAAACCGGUCCUAGAGAGAGAAGCGGAAGCUGGUCAGGCAUAGACAUUGAAAAUGUAGCUAGAGCCACGAACACAAUGACGAAUCAUAUUGAAGAAAGCGAACUAGAAUUGACAUUGAGCAUUGGAAUGUCUUCUUCCUCUAUGAACAAGGACAUGGACUACUCGUCGACGACAUCUUUCAGAUCAUCAUCGGAUAACUGUAAUAAUCAGAGCAAUAAUAAUAAUAAUAACAGUAACAACCAAGAAAGUAGCGGACCAACCACUCCUAUGAGCAGCUCAAGUACGACGUCACUGGAUCGAGAGAAGAAGAGACCUCAUUGGCUCUUUCAAGGACUUAGUAUUAACCGAACUUCAUGAUUUUUGUUAAUCGACUGACUCUUUCUUUUUCCUUCUUCUUCUUGAUUUUUCUUCUUUUGUAUCUGAUUUGAUACCAUUAUUAUUAUCUAUCAGAUUUACUGAUGUUUGUACUAGCUCUAGUUUUUUUUCUUAGUUAACAAAAAGUCAAAAUCCCAAUGACAAAACAAAUUUCAACAUAAUUAACACAAAUCGUAUAUUUGACUAUGUUGUAAUAACGCA